CGCCGGAUGUCAUCUAGCAAAUUCCCUGGACCAUCUGGAUCAAAUAUGAUUUACUAUCUGGUUGUAGGGGUCACGGUCAGUGCUGGUGGAUAUUAUGCUUAUAAGACGGUCACGUCAGAGCAAGCCAAACACACGGAGCAUAUAACAAAUCUGAAAGAAAAAACAAAAGCGGAGUUGCCUCCUCUUCAAGGUGAGAAGGAGAAUGCUGCCGCCGCUGAGAAAGCAGGUUCCGAAGCCCUGGAAGCAUCUGUCUUGGACGCCGAGGUGGGAGGGGUCGAAGAGGCCCCGGCUGCGGUCCCCAGCGAGGCCUCAGCCUGUCCGGGGGACGUGGAGGCCGCCCCUGAGACGGCAGCAGCAAGCAGUGAGACUGGGCCAGAGGUUACAGACGCAGCCACAGGUGAAACCGCAGAGGUCCCAUCUGGAGCCACCCCAGAGGUGACGGAUGCCCCUCCAGAUGAAGCUGCUGCCCUCGAUGAGGAUAAAGACACAUCGGAGAGUGACAGCCCGGACGCAGGUGCCGAGCUGGAGGAAAGUUCUGCAGGAGAGCCAGGGCCUUCUGCAGGGGACGACUUGCAGGAAGAUGCCGGCACCGGGUCGGAGGCUGCCUCGGUCCAAGGCUGAUCUCAGCUCUAGACGGUUCCGCAAAACACGCCAUCGAGUGUCUGAUGGGCACUCUGGCCUCCUUAGGACGCUUAGUGUCUAAACAGUCUUCCUUUCUAGAAAACGCUAACGUGUCUUCAAGAGUUCUGGAAUCUGCGGAUAGGGUCUAGGAUGGAGAGAUUUGCGAGUUCACACUCAUGAAUAGUUUUCUUAUUUUCUGAGAUCAGAAUAGGACAUUGCAGUCAAGCGCUUCAAUAGUUUCAUCUUUGUUUUUUAUUUCUAGACACUUUUAUCUUCUCACCACCGUGGUCACAUUUAAAUUUUGCAUUCUAGAGAUUGGGCUAUCAAUACAACCUGUAUUUACUUUAAUUUUGCUAAACAUUAUUGUACUUAGAUCUGGAACACGGAGUUUGACUUGAACUCAUUCAAAUAAA